AUGGCUCCAAGAUUGGAUUUUUCCAAUUGGUGGAUCAAGGAUACACAGAAAGGAACACCCUUGGUGGUGAAAAUGGAGAACCCCACUUUCUCUGUUGUGGAGAUUAAUAGUGCAGAUGCUGCAUUCAGGCCAGUAGAGAAAAGCCGCGGCAAGAAUGCUAAGCAAGUCACGUGGGUGUUGCUUCUCAAGGCUCAUCAUGCUGUUGGCUGUGUCACUUGGGUUGCCACUGUUUUGUGGACAUUGCUCGGAGCCAUUAAGAAGAGGUUGAUUCAUAGACAAGGUGUAACUGUGGAGAAUGAGAGUGACAAGUUGGAAAAAGGAAAGUUGCUGUUUAGAGUCAUUAGAGUGUUCCUAGUGAUUUCCUUGGCAGUGCUGACCUUUGAGGUUGUUGCUUACUUACAAGGUUGGCAUUUUGGGAAUCCUAGGUUGCACAUUCCUCGUACUUCGGAUUUGGAAGGUUUGCUCCACAUGGCUUAUGUUGCUUGGUUAACGUUUCGUGCUGAGUACAUUGCUCCACUUAUACAGGCACUUUCAAAGUUUUGUGUUGUUUUGUUUCUUAUCCAAUCUGUGGAUCGUAUGGUUCUUUGCUUGGGGUGCUUUUGGAUAAAAUACAGGAAGGUUAAGCCAAUGAUUGAUGGGGAUCCCUUCAAAAUUGAUGAUGUCGAAGGAUCUGCAUGCCAUUACCCCAUGGUUCUGGUUCAAAUUCCAAUGUGCAACGAGAGGGAGGUGUAUGAGCAGUCUAUUUCUGCAGUCUGCCAAAUUGACUGGCCAAGGGAUCGUUUACUGAUUCAAGUACUUGAUGAUUCCGAUGAUGAGAGCAUACAAUGGUUAAUUAAGGGGGAGGUCUCUAAGUGGAGCCAAAAGGGAAUCAACAUAAUCUAUAGGCAUCGCUUAAUCAGGACUGGAUAUAAAGCUGGGAAUCUUAAAUCUGCAAUGAGCUGUGACUAUGUUGAAGACUAUGAGUUUGUUGCAAUUUUUGAUGCAGACUUUCAACCAAAUCCUGAUUUUCUUAAGCAAACUGUGCCACAUUUCAAGGACAAUCCUGAGCUAGGUUUGGUCCAAGCUAGAUGGUCUUUUGUGAACAAGGAUGAGAACUUGUUGACUCGUCUCCAAAACAUUAAUUUAUGCUUCCAUUUUGAGGUAGAACAGCAGGUGAAUGGGGUAUUCCUCAAUUUUUUUGGUUUCAAUGGAACUGCCGGUGUUUGGAGAAUCAAAGCCCUAGAAGAGUCUGGAGGCUGGCUGGAGAGGACAACUGUAGAAGAUAUGGACAUUGCUGUCCGAGCUCAUCUCAAUGGUUGGAAAUUUAUCUUCCUAAAUGAUGUAAAGGUACUUUGUGAAGUUCCUGAGUCAUAUGAAGCUUAUAGGAAGCAGCAACACCGCUGGCACUCAGGUCCUAUGCACCUUUUCAGGUUGUGUCUUCCAGCAAUUUUAAGAUCUAAGGUGUCAGCAUGGAAGAAAGCAAACUUAAUACUGCUAUUUUUUCUGUUAAGGAAAUUAAUCCUUCCCUUUUACUCCUUCACCUUAUUUUGCAUUAUUCUUCCUUUAACCAUGUUUGUCCCAGAGGCAGAACUUCCUUUAUGGGUGAUCUGCUAUGUACCUGUGUUUAUGUCCUUCCUUAACAUUCUUCCUGCCCCAAAAUCUUUUCCUUUUAUUGUUCCCUACCUCCUUUUUGAAAAUACCAUGUCUGUCACCAAAUUCAAUGCAAUGGUAUCUGGACUCUUCCAAUUGGGCAGCUCUUAUGAAUGGAUUGUCACAAAGAAGGCUGGCAGGUCAUCAGAGUCCGACUUACUGGCUGCUGCAGAAAAGGAAGGUAAGUCAAUAGAACAACAAAAGAUUCAUAGAGGAGCUUCUGACAGUGAACUCAUUGAGUCACACCAAUUUAAGGAACACAAAGAAGCAGCUCCAGCACCUGUCAAGAAAGCUAAUAAGAUAUAUAAGAAAGAGCUGACUUUGGCAUUCCUCCUUCUCACAGCUUCUGUCAGGAGUCUGUUAUCUGCACAAGGAGUUCACUUCUACUUUCUGCUUUUCCAAGGGGUGACCUUCCUCCUUGUGGGUCUUGAUUUGAUUGGUGAGCAGAUGAGCUAGUUUUCAUUCAAAACAGUUAAGAGGAGACAAAUGGAAAACUCCUUCUACUGGUUUAUCAGCCAGUUAUAGUCCAGCAGCAAAAUGAGCAAUGAAGUAGAGGAAAGUUAAAUCCCUUUUUUUCUUCUGAAAUUCGUAGUACAGGUCUAGCAAACACAUAAUUGAUUGCAAGUACCCUACAGGGUUUCUCUGUUGUUAUUCAACUCUAUCCAUUUUGCAUUCACACGAUUCAUCACAAGUAUUCCAUAUAGGACACUGGUCAUUGUACUCUUACAGGUACUGAAUUCUUGUUAUCUGUUAUAGGUCGGUGUAUAAAAUCUUCAAUUUUCUUCAUUGUGUUCUUGGGUUGUAUUUGGGAUUGGGAGUUCCGA